AAUGAGGAAAGGGAGGUGUGAGCUGGGAUGGCGGUGGUCGCUGGUGGCUGCUGGUAGUUGGUGGUGGUCAGAGGUACAACUAGCAGUAUGUUCUUGCUGCUCGUGCAAAACUCGCCCAAAACCAAAACUGGGCUUCCCAAGUCCGUGCGCCACACCGCCCGCCUUCCCCUUCCAGCUUGUGCAUCAGCCACACUUACCCUGUUCUUAUUCUUUUUUCGCCCUUUUCUUGCCCCAGAAAUUAUUCCAGCUUUCUAUGGUACCCGCCACAAAAAGCAUCGGUGUGGAGGGGAACAGAAGAACAACAACACACUUAUUGAAUUACUAAUUGCACGAGAUAAAGCAUACCAAUUGGUUCAUAACAGAAUAACACUAAUCUCAACAUUCAUAUACAUACAAAGAUCAUAUCAUCACUCAUUCUGUGUCAUCACGUCGUGCACUAACUAGUUAUGUACGGUGUAGUUUUCAAACAAACUUUGGUCU